AUGCCAUUGAACCUCUCCUUUAUUCACAAUGGUCACCAUGACCUAUUGCCAUUGCUGCCCUGGGCUAUGGCCUUCUGUGCCUUUUAUUGCGUGACUGAUACUACAUCUUUGGUUGUAUCAUCGGUCAAACUUAAGGUCACUCUUAGUUUCUACCUCUUCUCUCAAUAUCACACUUCUCAAAGUCUCACACUAAAUCUUUUCGAUUUAAAUGUUCUCUCAUCUCUUGUGACUUAUUAUGAUUAUGAUUUUCCACCGAAAGUUUGUAGAAUCUCAAGUAUAACAUAUGAGCUGUUCAACAUUGAGAGGACUACUCUUGAGAAUAAUGAUCCCCUAUUUGAGACAGGGGAUGCCAAGGAUUCCAUCAUUCAGAUGGAGAAUAGCAAUUUAGAAACUGAGAUCAUUUUCUUUGCCAACACCCUCCCUCUUCCCUUGGUAUCAGAAGUGAGUUCACUUUUAGGCAGAGCUGGUACAGCUGGGCUUGGCAAGGCAGUAGAAGUUUUGGACACACUAGGUAGUAGUAUGACAAAUUUGAAUCUCAGUAGUGGUUUUACAUCAGGCGUGUCAACAAAAGGAAAUAAAAUUUCAAUUUUGGCCUUCGAAGUAGCAAACACAAUUGUUAAGGGUGCUAAUCUGAUGCAAUCUCUUUCAAAAGAGAACAUCAGACAUUUAAAAGAGGUGGUUCUACCAUCUGAAGGAGUGAAAAAUUUGAUAUCCAGAGAUAUGGAGGAACUCCUAAGAAUUGCUGCAGCAGACAAGAGAGAAGAAUUGAAAAUAUUUUCUGGAGAAGUUGUACGUUUUGGAAAUCGUUGUAAAGAUCCUCAAUGGCACAACCUGGAUCGCUAUUUUGAGAAGUUAGGUUCAGAGCUUACACCACAAAAACAAUUGAAAGAGGAGGCAGAGAUGGUGAUGCAACAACUAAUGACCUUUGUUCAAUAUACAGCUGAAUUAUAUCAUGAAUUGCAUGCCUUAGAUAGAUUUGAUCAAGAUUAUCGGCGCAAGCUUCAAGAAGAGGACAACUCAAAUGCCACACAAAGAGGAGAUAGCCUUGCAAUCUUAAGAGCAGAACUGAAGAGUCAAAAGAAGCAUGUGAUGGAAAAACUUGUAGACAUCGUCCAUUUUCUAUACUUGGAAAUACAUGAAGCAUUUGGUAGUUGUGAUACUGAUAAGCAAGCGAAAGAUUCUCAAGGAAAUCAUCAGAAGUUGGGAUCUACUGGUCUUGCUUUGCAUUAUGCGAACAUUAUCACACAAAUUGACACUCUUGUGUCUCGAUCAAGUUCUGUGCCUCCUAAUACAAGGGAUGCGUUAUAUCAAGGUCUUCCUCCUAAUGUAAAAUCAGCAUUGCGCUCAAGGUUACAGUCAUUUCAGCUUACCGUCCCACAGAUCAAAGCUGAAAUGGAGAAAAUAUUGCAGUGGCUUGUUCCUAUUGCCGCCAACACGACGAAAGCUCAUCAUGGCUUUGGAUGGGUUGGAGAAUGGGCAAAUACUGGGUCUGAGGUCAACCGCAAACCUGCCAGCCAGACCGAUUUGUUGAGAAUUGAAACACUACACCAUGCUGAUAAAGACAAAACAGAAGCAUAUAUACUUGAACUUGUUAUCUGGCUUCAUCAUCUUGUCAGCCAAGUAAGAGUUGGUAAUGGUGGAAUAAGGUCCCCAGUGAAAUCACCAAUCCGUUCUCCAACCCAAAAAAUAGGGCAGUUAUUUACACAGAAAGCCUGCUCUUCCCCAAUGCUAACAAUUGAAGAUCAACAAAUGCUUCGUGAUGUCGGCAAGAGAAAGCUAACGCCAGGCAUUAGUAAGAGCCAAGAAUUUGACACUGCCAAGACCAGGAUGAGUAAACACCAUAGGCUAAGCAAGAGUAGUAGUCAUUCCCCAAUCAGUGAAAGCAAAAAUGAUAUAUUCUCUACAAGGAGGCUACCUUCUGUUCCUGUCAUUGACUUUAAUGACCGAAUGAAGGCCUUGGAUGUCAUUGAUAGGGUGGAUAACAUUGGAAAUUCAUAG